AUGAAUAUGCCGCCGCUUUAUGCCGUGAGGCCCGAUGUGAAGCCCUUCGACCAGUUGCUGUUGCAGCUUGGAGCUCGAGAAAGCGUGUCUGACCAACCCUUGCCAGAGCCUCUGGUUCCGGAUCGGCUCUUGGAGGAGCUACAGAAAGAUGAGUCCUUGGCCGAUUUGGUCCUCGAGUGCCAGAAUGGUCAGGUCUUGGCACACCGCGUUGUUUGUUGCAAAGCCUGUCCAAAGCUGGGCAGCCACUUGGUGCGCCAUCGAGAUCGCCCCGACUCCUGGUGUUUACAGGAGAAGGCCAGGUGUUCCCAGCAGGUCCUGGAAUUGGUGAAGGCCAUCAUUUACACCGGCCGUGUGGAGGGUGACCAGGUGGAGAAGCUGACUUUGCAAGAGCAGAAGGAGUGUUUGAGUGUGGCCAGAUGGUUUGGUAUGGCGUAUGCACACGAAUGGGUGAAACAGUUCCUGCAUGGAGCCCAACCAGAGGAGGCGGAGCCGGCGUCUUCGCAGAUCAAGCUUCCAAAGCAUUGGAAAAAGCAGCCAAUGCCGAAAGAUGGCUACCGGCUGGUUGCGGUCGAAUCUGGGAGCUUUGUCUUUCAGCACUUGCAAGAGGUUCUUUGUCCGCAGAACGCUCAUGAUCUGGGCCACGGGCGAGAUUGCAGCGGCUGGCCACCCUAUACCAGCUUGCAGCUUCGAAGGGCUUGGCGGGUGGAGAACGCCUACCUUUGGCGCAAGUUUGAACAUGAAAGAAUGAACAUCAAGGACUUGAAGAAACACAAGCUCUCAAGGAUGCCUACGGUCAAAAUUCGUGAGCAACUGGUGGCAUCAACUGGAGACUUGCCCAAUCCAGUGAACAAGGACAUUAACGAGGUUUUCCUAUUGCACGGUACGAAGCCUGAUACUGUGAAGAAGAUCCUUAGCGAUGGGCUGAACGAGCGGUUCAGCGGAGGGUUGUUUGGACGCGGCUCAUACCUGGCAGAGGAUGCUGCCAAGAGUGACCAGUACUGUGUCAACGAUCCAGACGGCAGAGCUCUGCGUGAGCACUUCCAGCGAUCUCCGCGAGAUGUUUUCUACAUCUUCGUGUGUCGGGCAGUUCUAGGAUGGUUUGUGCAAACACGAGAUGGCGAGAACAGCUUGGAUGAAGGCCGAAGCAUUUGGUCAACGCCCGAAAAGCGUGAGCUGAGUGCCAUUCCAGGCCAUGAUGCACCGCAUCAUUCACUACAGGUGGAGGUGGGUGGAAAAGUUCAGCGGCAUCGUGAGUACGUCCUGACUCACAGCGAUCGCAUCUAUCCAGAAUAUUUGCUUGCUUAUAGCAGAUGCUGA